AUUGGGGCGGAGCAUCCGGAGUGGUGGGGGAGGCUGGACACUCAUUCCGGUUAAGGGAGGGUGGUGUGGAAAAUGCGCUGGGUUGGGAGAUCCCGGGUCCCAGCGGAACUGUGAGACUUCGCAGGGCCCAUGGCGGACGCCCAGUACAUCCUGCCCAAUGACAUCGGUGUGUUUAGCCUGGACUGCCGGGAGGCCUUCCGCCUGCUGUCGCCCACAGAGCGCCUCUAUGCCCACCAUCUGUCACGGGCCGCCUGGUAUGGAGGCCUGGCUGUGCUGUUGCAGACCUCCCCUGAGGCCCCCUACAUCUACGCGCUGCUCAGCCGCCUCUUCCGUGCCCAGGACCCCGACCAGCUGCGCCAGCAUGCCCUGGCUGAGGGCCUUACCGAGGAGGAGUAUCAGGCGUUCCUGGUGUAUGCUGCCGGUGUCUACUCCAACAUGGGCAACUACAAGUCCUUUGGCGACACCAAGUUUGUUCCCAACCUGCCCAAGGAGAAGCUGGAACGUGUGAUCCUGGGGACUAAGGCGGCUCAGCAGCACCCGGAAGAAGUCCGGAGCCUCUGGCAGACCUGCAGGGAGCUCAUGUUCUCUCUGGAGCCGAGGCUUCGACACCUUGGGCUGGGGAAAGAGGGAAUCACCACCUACUUCUCUGGGGAUUGCACCAUGGAAGAUGCCAAACUGGCCCAAGACUUUCUGGACUCACAGAACCUCAGUGCCUACAACACGCGACUCUUCAAGGGCGUCAGCCAGGAUGGGAAGCCCUGCUACGAGGUGCGGCUGGCUUCUGUGCUUGGCAUGGAGCCUGCUCUGCAUUCUGAAAUGACUUCCAAGCUGAAGAGCUACGAAUUCCGGGGGAGCCAUUUCCAGGUGACUCGGGGGGACUACGCCCCUAUCCUCCAGAAGGUGGUGGAGCACCUGGAGAAGGCCAAGGCGUAUGCAGCCAACAGCCAGCAGGAACAGAUGCUGGCUCAGUACAUAGAAAGUUUCACCCAGGGCUCCAUCGAGGCCCACAAGAGGGGCUCCCGCUUCUGGAUACAGGACAAAGGCCCCAUCGUGGAGAGUUACAUCGGGUUCAUCGAGAGCUACCGAGACCCCUUUGGUUCCCGUGGAGAGUUUGAAGGCUUUGUGGCCAUGGUGAACAAGGCCAUGAGUGCCAAGUUUGAGUGUCUGGUGGCAAGUGCAGAACAGCUGCUGAAGGAACUGCCCUGGCCCCCGGCCUUCGAGAAGGACAAGUUCCUCACCCCCGACUUCACCUCCCUGGAUGUUCUCACCUUCUCUGGCUCUGGCAUCCCUGCUGGCAUCAACAUCCCCAACUAUGACGACCUGAGGCAGACGGAUGGCUUCAAGAAUGUCUCACUGGGGAACGUGCUGGCUGUGGCCUAUGCCACGCAGCGGGAGAAGCUGACCUUCCUGGAGGAGGAGGACAAGGACCUGUACAUCCGCUGGAAGGGGCCCUCCUUUGAUGUGCAGGUGGGACUGCAUGAGCUGCUGGGCCAUGGCAGCGGCAAGCUCUUCGUGCAGGAUGAGAAAGGAGCAUUUAACUUUGACCAGGAGACAGUGAUCAACCCAGAGACGGGGGAGCAGAUUCAGAGCUGGUACCGGAGUGGGGAGACCUGGGACAGCAAGUUCAGCACCAUCGCCUCUAGCUACGAAGAAUGCCGGGCUGAAAGUGUGGGCCUCUACCUCUGCCUCAACCGCCAAGUUCUGGAGAUCUUUGGCUUCGAGGGGGCCGAUGCGGAAGACGUGAUCUAUGUGAACUGGCUCAACAUGGUUCGGGCUGGGCUGCUUGCUCUGGAGUUUUAUACCCCUGAGACCUCCAGCUGGAGACAGGCCCACAUGCAGGCCCGGUUUGUGAUCCUGAGGGUCUUGCUGGAGGCUGGCGAGGGACUCGUUACUGUCACUCCCACCACAGGCGCUGAUGGGCGCCCAGAUGCCCAGGUCCGCCUUGACCGCAACAAGAUCCGGCCUGUGGGCAAGCCCGCCCUGGAGCGGUUCCUGAGGAAACUUCAGGUGUUGAAGUCCACAGGAGAUGUGGCCGGAGGCCGGGCCCUGUAUGAGGGGUACGCAGCGGUCACUGAUGCGUCCCCUGAGUGCUUCCUCACCCUCAGGGACACAGUGCUGCUCCGCAAGGAAUCUCGGAAGCUCAUCGUUCAGCCCAAUACUCGCCUUGAAGGCUCAGAAGUUCAGCUUCUCGAGUAUGAGGCCUCGGCUGCUGGCCUCAUCCGAUCCUUCUCCGAGCGCUUUCCAGAGGACGGGCCCGAGUUGGAGGAGGUCCUCACCCAGCUGGCCACAGCUGAUGCCCGGUUCUGGAAGUCCCCCAGUGAGGCCCCAUCUGGCCAGGCUUGAGACAGAUUUAUGCAGCUCCUCCCCCAACUUCAUCAAACCAGGGCUGCAAGGGGCCCCCCCUUUCCUGUGUGUGCUAGGGGAGGAGCAGGAGCUCGGACCUUGGUGCUACCUCAGCCGAGGGUGGUGACACUAACCCCUUCCAUUUGUCGGCACUUUCCAGUUUACCGAGUGCUUCUCCUGUGUUAUCUCAUUUGGUCUGCACUGCCCUUGGUAGAGUGGGCAAGGCCCGGCUCCUUAUCCUGCUUCCCAGGUAAGGGAAUGGAAGUUCUGAGAAGUGACCUGUCUAGAUGCUACAGGACUCAAAGCCUCUCCCAGUCCAGUGCUCUUCAUGUAUUACUUUUAUAACCAGAAAAUAAACGUAAGAAAUCACCACCA